CAGGCCGGCGGGGUCUGAUUGUGAAUGAAUGAAUGGCUGUUGUCGUCCGUGAAAGAGAUCUGUGUGCAUGACCGAAGGCAGGUGUGUCUGAAUGUGGGGAGGGUGAUUUUAUGUUCAUUCAUCUCUAAGUGGGGUGUCUGAGUUUAUGUCUGUGACCACAUUUCCCUGUGACUCACGUAUGUGUGAGUAAAGCUGCGUGUGGGCCCGGGAGUGCGAGCGCGAGCAUUUGCACAUGGUGGGUAAUGCAGGACCAGGGAAGGCGGCCGUGUGAGUGGUUCGGGUGUGUUGCCAGUGGGAAUGGAGUUGGGAGUGGGUCUGAGUAUCAGAAACUCUGCAUGUCGAAGUCCACGGGGGCUUGCUUGGGUGGUGUGUCAGAGGGGAGUGGUGAAUGCCAGCAGGGGGUGUGUGGGCCCUGCAUGUAGUGUACUCAGGUGUGCCAGCCCUGGGUCGGCCUGUCCUUGGUGCUGGGGAGAGCUGUGCGAGAGGGAGGGCUUGGGCCCUGACCAUGGUGGGGCGGUUGGGGUCCCCGUGGAGGCUGCAAGAGCAUCCGUGGGUGUGUGCCCAGGUGAGUGUGUGAGGGGUACGUGGACGGCCUCGGUGGAGGUGUCCGACGUGUAUAUUCCUCACUUAGUGCCUGCACGGCUAGGGGGCACCUGGCACACUAGAAUGCAGGCAGCUCCCAGGCCGUCUGCUGCCCUGGCCGGCUGGGGAGCGCCUUGCCCCUCUGGGACAGCCUUGGCAUCUCAGGCUCUCCUGGGUCCGGCCGAGGCUUUUGUGUCCCCGUGCGCCCUCCCCCGACAUUCCUUCAGGUUCUGAGAGGGAGAGGGCCUAGCUCAUUAGGACCCUCCCUAAGGGUGGGGAAGAUUCCUGAGACCUCCCCCACUCACCCACCUCCUCACAUGCCACUGGCCUCCCUGCCCCUCCCAGGGAGAGGAGGGUGGUUGUACCCAUCCUGAAGCAGGACAAACUGAGAAUUUAUGGCUAGUUUAGGAGAAGAUGCUGGGUGUGGGUUUUCAGCAAUUCUCUCUGGGCCAAGGCUAGGGCUGGGCUGGAGCCCCGCGAGGUUUCUGGCUCAAAACUAAGCUAGAGCCUUAGCUCAUGUGGCCAUCCGGGGUGGGUGGGUGGUGAGUUCCAUGCUUCACUCUUGGCUUUCUCAAUCCUGGUGGGUCCUGCUCCUCCAGGCCCUGACCUGUGGCCUGGACCCGCCCUCCACCCCUUGCGCGGGGCAGCGGGGGCGGGUGGAGGGCGGGGCGCUCCCAGAUCUAGUCAGACAGGUGGAGCUGCCGGGGCAGGAGUCUCAAGGAGCCAGGCUCCGGAGAGGAAGGGCAGGAGGGGAGUGCCGGAGAGAAGGGGAGCGGGGAGCGGAGAGAGUCGCUGGAGAUUCCUUAGCCAGGAUGGAGGCGGUCGUGAACUUGUACCAGGAGAUGAUGAAGUACGCGGAUCCUCGGAUCCAGGGCUACCCUCUGAUGGGGUCCCCCCUGCUAAUGACCUCCAUCCUCCUGACCUACGUGUACUUCGUUCUCUCACUUGGGCCUCGCAUCAUGGCCAACCGGAAGCCCUUCCAGCUCCGGGGUUUCAUGAUUGUCUACAACUUCUCGCUGGUGGCGCUCUCCCUCUACAUUGUCUAUGAGUUCUUGAUGUCUGGCUGGUUGAGUACCUACACGUGGCGCUGCGAUCCCGUGGACUAUUCUAACAGCCCGGAGGCACUAAGGAUGGUUCGAGUGGCCUGGCUCUUCCUCUUCUCCAAGUUCAUCGAGCUGAUGGACACGGUGAUCUUCAUUCUCCGGAAAAAAGAUGGACAGGUGACCUUCCUACAUGUCUUCCACCACUCAGUGCUUCCCUGGAGCUGGUGGUGGGGGGUAAAAAUCGCCCCGGGAGGAAUGGGCUCUUUCCACGCCAUGAUCAACUCCUCUGUGCAUGUCGUCAUGUAUCUGUACUAUGGCUUGUCCGCCCUCGGCCCGGUCGCUCAGCCCUACUUGUGGUGGAAAAAGCACAUGACAGCCAUCCAGCUGAUCCAGUUCGUGCUGGUCUCGCUGCACAUCUCGCAGUAUUACUUCCUGCCCCGCUGUAACUACCAGUACCCCGUCAUCAUUCACCUCAUCUGGAUGUACGGCACCAUCUUCUUCGUGCUCUUCUCCAAUUUCUGGUAUCACUCCUACACCAAAGGCAAGCGGCUGCCCCGUGUGCUUCAGCAAAACGGAGCUCCAGGUACCACCAAAGUCAAGGCCAACUGAGAAACAUGGCCUCGCUAGGUGCCCACCUAAGUGCCUCAGGACUGCGCCUUGGGCAGCAUCUGACUUCUCCCCACCGACACCAGUGACCUGUGACCAGGGCCUGUGUGGUCAGGACUGAGCAGGGGACAGGCCCUCCCCUUCCCACGGCUGGUACACAGGGGACCACGGCUUCCGCUCCUCACCCGCUUCUCCCGGCCAGCUCCAAGGACAUGGGCUCAUGCCACUCCAGAGCUGGGGGCUGAAAGGGCUGGACACUAUUCCCCCUCCCUGCCUUAACCUCGGGAGAGGAGCACUCAGGACUGGCCCCCGCCAGGGUCUCGCGGCCUUUUUCCUCACACUCAAGAGGUCAGCAAUAAUCCGCACUGUGGACCCAUGAUCCCUCCUUCCCUACCCCACACCGAAGCAGAGCUUCUCGGCCAAAGGUCAGGGUGGGCGGGGGCUGGGAGUACAGCCUGUGGAGGCUGCUCGCUCGCUUGGGUCUUCAUUAAAAGUGACAGGAAACC